AUGUGGGGCUCCCUGGCAGUUGUCUGGGCCAUCUGUCUGGCUUGUAUUCAGCCUGCUGUGUUCCCGUGGGUCCUCCCCUUCGGGUCAAACAAGGACAGGCCUCGCCCGGCACAUGGAGCUCUGACAGGGAAGGUCGAAUGCUUCUCAGACUACAUGACCCUGCAGGUUCCAAGGAGCCACGUGCAGGGUUUGAGGCAGUGGCUGGCAUGGGUCCUGCACCCGCCGGGCGCCAUGAGGGCCCCCAACCACCUGGAUUCUCUUCUUACCAAAUGUGGUUUCCUCUUGCGUCCUGCUCAGGAGGGCGGCUUCAUCUUCAGAGCUUUGUACUCGGGCUGCUUUGUGCAGAAAGAGAAAGCAAAUUACAGGUUGGAAAUCAGAAUGUUUCAAAAAGGGACAAAAAGGUCGAAGCAGAGUGAUCUCUGCAUAAUGAAGUGUCCCGUGAUCACGUCGAGGCUGGGUGAACAGAGGGUCCGCUGCCACCCCUCAUUCAUUCAGGUCUCUAGGCCCUUGCCUCCAAGGAUCGACGGUGGACAGACCCCGUGGAUGCUGUCCCUUCGAGGGGAGUUGGUCGCUUCUCUGGAGGACGCCAGCUUGAUGGGAUUAGAUGUGGACAUUGGUGCCACCACGGUCACCGUCCAAAGCCCACGACAAGAACUUCUUCAGAGACAGGAGGUAUGGAACACUUCCCUGGAGCUCCUGCCACUCUGGCUGGUGAGCGGUUCCUAUGCCUACUCCCUCAAGGCUGCGUGCCCGCUGGUGUCGUCCCAGCCAGGGUCGGAGGUCUCAGUUUACAUCCCCAAGCAGAGACUGGGUCUGGUUAGGAGAGGACUCCGUGUGGAAGAGUCCCUGAGCCCCAGGUUCAUGCGGGUGCACCAGUCCAACACCUUCACGGUGACCGAGGACAGAGACUUCGUGGUCGUCAGCAUCCCAGCCCCGCUGCUGCUCCAGUACCAGCCAUGCCCAGAUGCCAGAGAAUCCCCAGGGACACAAGCGUUCUACAGGGUGGACCUGAGCCUUGCCUUUGUGGAGAUGAUCUCCCCAGUACACUGGAGAGUGGAGAACUUUUUCCAGUGUGUGGGGUCAAGAGAAGACUCACUUGUCUCAACAGCCACACCGAGGGCGACUCUACCCACCCUGUCCCCUGGAUGGGAGACCGUUUCAGCGGAAGUGCCGCCGCCUGCUGCCUCUCCCCACUUCCAGAUCCCGCGAGUGGCUGCUCAGGAUGAGCCCCUUCGGCGUUUUGUGCACCAGUCUGCUAAAGAAACCACCGAGCUGGAACCAGCAGCACCGUUCUUGCAAACGGCUCCACCGGAAGGAGGAAGCUGGAUGUCCACUGCCUUCUCUUCCACCAGUGCAAGCCAAGAGCAUCGUGGUCCUCAGACUCCUCCAGAAAAGGCAGACUUAAUUCCACAUCUCUGGGCUCCAGCUACACUCUCCUCAGAGCACACGGAAGCUUCUCAGGCUGGCCCCAGACCUUCACAGGCGGUCUUCCUGUCUCACGCUUCCAUGACCACACAUUUGUCUUCAGAAGUCCCCUCUCCUCUGUGGCCUUCUUGGCGAUCUGAUGGGCCCCAAACGCUGCUGGGUUCUGAACCAUCUGUUCUUCUCCUAACCAAAGUUCCAAGAGUCAUGAUGACUGAGCAGGACUCUGCCCAGCCGUCAGGCAGUCCCUUCCCACUGGCACAAUUGUCAAGGGAGACUGUGAAAUCAACAGAGUCCAUGGAUCCCACCCCAAGGGAGCCUGCCCACAUCGGCGAGGAAUUUCCACCAUGGACAAGGCCCUUCAGGAGCCGCCUCAAUGAAGAGGGGUUGAUUUUCCACCAUGCUCCCAGAAGGCCGCAGGAGAUACUACCAAUAAGCAAGGCUGAGGAGCCACUACAGAAUGAGCAAGAUCCAUCUGGAGAAGGGGUCAGAGGGUACCUGGAUCUUUCAACCUCAGAACCAAGGCAGGGCACAGAAGGGCUGGGACUCAUUGUCUUGCCAGGGACUGAUGUCAGAUUCACUAUCCAAAGAGGGAGACAGCCAGAUGCCAGUGCCCACUUGGGGACCUCCAGUUCAGAGCUCCCUGGGAGGCACAGUGUGGGCUCAGCAGAUCCUCAGAUAGUACUUCCCCGGGACCUUCUGACUGCCACCUCUGAGAAGCCUGCAACCCCUUCUGAAGGUGCAGACAGUACCCUACAGCUCGAGUCAGUGCCUACAUGGCCUGAGGCCUGGCCAUCCACAUACAGCCAGCCCCCUACCUCCACACACCCAAAGCCUUCUGGCUCCCCCAGAAAACAGAUUGCUCUGCCCCAGUGA